GUUUCUAUGGCCUGCCAUUCUCAAGAUUUCCUCACCGUGCCAAAGCUACAAGUAAGAGCUGGGAUGACGGUGAAGGAGGCGGCGGCCAAUUUUCGUCCUUCGGGAUUCGCCAUAUCUUGGGAGUUGGCUACAACUACUUUUGUAAGUGCCAACUGGAGCAAAUCAACAGGGUGCUACAAAUGCCAGGGCUUCCAGGGGUUUGUGAUCUGCUCCAUGUCACUGCCUCGUGGGACUGUGGCCCUGGGUGUGGGACAUAGUUUUUUUCUUCAUAUUGCGCACAUGGCAUGGAUGGGGUUCCAACGGCAGUGUGGAAAGGUGGCUGCCACUCCCAAGAUUUCGAAUGCUCCUUACUUUAUUUUGGCAAGCCGCCUCAUCAGUUUUUCGGCUAGCUCGACCCACCGCACUGUGAGAGCGUUAACACAUUCACACAACUGCCAGUUAGCCACUGGUCGCUACUCCAUCGUCUUUGCUUGCCAUAUCAUUAUUUAUUUGGGCUCCAAAAAUACUGGUUUUUGUCUUUUUUGUUUUUAAGAGGUUAGGUGCCUUGCGCCUCAGGGGCACACACCCUUGUCUUUGUAGUGAGGUGGAUGGGGCCUUAGGUUGUUACCAGUCACUGCACAAAUGGUGCCAUUUCCUUAUCCUAAGCACUGUGAGUGGGCAAAAGUACCCGCUCCAAGCUGUACCUUGCAACCCAUGCGACCCCCCAUGGCCGGCCUGUUACA